CCUCCCUUACUACAAGCAUUUAGACCUAGAUCUAUAUGGAUUAGUGCUAUUCGCUUUUCGACAAGAGAGGAUAAAUCUAACAAAUAAAAGAUCUACUUUAUCUAGACUAGAGUCUAGUCUAAGUAAAAUCAACGCUACACUGACUAGAAUCUAGAUAUCUAGGACUAGAUCUACACUACAGCAUCAAAGAUCUAUAUCUAGAGUAAUAUAGACUUAUGAAAAUUGAAAUCACACAGACAUUUAAUAUUUGCCUGGAAAUGAAAAUUUAAUGAACAAGAAAAAUGGGCUCAAGUGGCAAUCCUAUCAAGAGAUUGCUUGUCCGUAGAAACUCAAAUUUAAGUCCACUAGUUAUUCCUUCCAGUGAUACAUCAGCUCCAGUUGAAUCUACUACAAAUCAGGAAGUUAAAUCUGGUCUUUUGUAUGAUAAGCAACAAGUGCAAGAAGAGGGCCUAGAGCUGUUCUGUAAUUUUCUAUAUGAUCAGACUUUUGAAAAGCAAGUAACCAUAAUGAUUUCAAAUCUCAGUUUAUGGGGAGUCUCACAAGGUUACAGACAUAGUAGCUGGGCCAAGAAUGGGGAAAAUCUGAAGGCUGUAUGCAAUAAAUUUGCUUGUUCGAAAAAACGAAUUCAAGUGUUAAAUGAAUCACUUGAGUUUGACUUGAACAUGAGGAAAGACCAGUAUAUGGAACGACUUGAACAUUUCACAGACACAGAAAAUAUAACAGCAGAAAGAAUAGUGUUUAUAUUUUUUUUCUGUUCUGAUGUAAUCCUAAGAUGUAGUGAAAUUAACAGGGACAUUUUUAGGCAAUACUUUGAGUGGACUAAUGAAUUCCUGACACAUUCAAUCAGUGUUUGGAUAUAUGAACAUGGUGGAUGGGGUACCGUUUUUCCAGAGCCUGUCAACAUUUUAGCAAGACUAAUUGGCUUUGCAUCAAUCUACAAAAGAGAAAAUCAAAUAGCCACAUAGAAACUCCAUCAGUGGAUUGUUACCAUACCUUGGAAACCUGACAUCCACGUUGGCAACCUGAUAUCCACAUUUCAAAAAUAUAUACAUCUUAACAAGAUAGGUAUAUUAAAUAAUAGAAAAUAAUAAUGAAUAAAUGUAAAAGUAUGAUUUAUUAAUAUUAAUUACAUUUAUAUUUAGGCUUGAAAAUAGGAGGAGCCUCUACAAAAAUUUGUCCCAGUACCUCUACUUAUAAGCCUGCACUAUUUUUGUGUUGGGCUCUUUGUCAGGAAAUUUUGUCCAUGCUACUUUGUCAUUCGCUAUUUGUCAGAUAACCACUGUACAUAGUGUAUGAUCAGUGCUUAUAAGACUUGUUAUGAGUUACAGUAAUUUUGGAUUAGCACUAAACUAAGUGAGGUGUUCACAAUUUUAUGAAUAUAUUAUUAGUAAACUUUUAAGGGAUAAAAUGAUUCUAUUUUAGAAAGUCACUUUAAGUAAUCCAGCACAAUUAUUUUGAGUUGCAAUAAGAGAAUAUAUUCCACAUAGGCAAGUGAUGUUAAAAGAUUAAGCCAUAUUUUUACAGAGAGGUAUUCAUAAAUUGUAAAUUAUUUUGUCUAAUAGAUUGAUUUAUGGCAUUGUUUAGUGUUUAAAAUUUAGUUUUCAUGUUUUACAAUUUUAAACACAAAUUGUGCCAGCUGUUUUACAUGUUGAUGUGUAUUACAAUGUUGCCAGUUUUUAUACACAUAUGUAAAGGCCUUUAUUAUUAUGUUGAGUUUUUUUUAUAACAAUAUUUAACAUUAAAAACUGCUCAGUCAUGAUUUUAUGAACCAACUCCUGUGAUUCACUAAUUUUAUAAAAUAGCAAGCAGGGAUGUCUCGCUUUGUAAGUCAAUCAGCUCCAUUUGCAAAUCUGUCGGUGCAAUCCUCAGUUGCAAUAGAAAACAUUUCAAUAUCUGCUGCUCUUGUCAUUUAGUUUUGAAUGGAAAUUUGUACCCAUAUUGUCCACUCAUUUUGCUUUAACUGCUUUUUUCCCCAGGAAAAAUUCUUUCAGCACUGCUACUAAGCACUUUUUAUCUCUCAUAAUUUGAACAACUCUGUAGCUUGCUCUUACUGUGGACUCAUUUUCUUGUCUCUUUUUUUCCUCUCGUCAGUCGCUCAACUCACUCAACUAGACAUAACUUUGCAAAUUUUUUUCUUUACGUCUGAAACCAGAUGUUUAGAACACGACUAGCUCAAGACAGCAACAGAAUUAUCCAAGAACCUAAAACAACUGUCAACACUUGUCACCGAAAAAAAAAAGUUGUGUUCAUAAAAAAAAAAAUAAUAUGAAUAUUAGAAUACAAUAGAUUAAGAAUGAAAUCCAUCAAAGAAAAAGUGAGAGUCCUAACAUAGGGAAAUUUCACAACAUUUGUAAAAAAUUUCUUCACAUUGUGCUGAUGUUUAGGCCAGCCGGAUGGAACCACGUCGCGGGCCGGAUUAGGCCCACGGGCCGUAGUUUGGGCAUUACUGUGCUAAGGGAACUAACUCAUAUACAACUUCACAUAUAAACAUCCUUCUUUCUCACUAAAAUAAUAUAAUACAUCCAUGCACAUAUUGCAUUAAAUAAAUCAACAUGUUAACAUCUUCCUCUUUAAUAAAAUCUAAUAUUAUAUAUCUAACACUGAAUUGGAAAACAAAUAUGACUCUGCAGGCUAAAACUAUAUGCUAGACUGUGCCAAUCAAUUAGCCAUCCAUCUGAUGCAUCAUGCUGCAUUGUAUUUCUGCAACUUCCCUUUAUCCUCUCAGCAUCUCUUAGGCUCAUGACUUUCUGUAACGUCUCCUUUCCACUCAGUGUCUUGUAGAGGAGCUAGCUUCAUGAAAUCUUUUUUAGAAUCAUCUUCACAUUGCUCAUAUUCUUCACAGCAGCAUCAGUCUUUUCACUUGGUUUAGGAUAUCAUCUCUUACAUUGAAAAAUGAUUCAGUCUUUACCUUGGGGCGGGGCAAACAGUAUCUCUAUGCAGGUGAUACUUUUGACAACAUCGACAUUCAAAAUUUAAUGUCAUUUGUUUUCCCUAAAAUGUUUGCAUAAUGAUCUGCGGCUAUUAGUUCAAGUUGAUGCAAGUCUCUUGAUUUGAUGACUUCUUAUAGGUAAGAUUCCACAACUUACAUUUCAUUGCAAAGUCUAUUGAAAAUAUAUUUUUCAUAUGUUGAAAAUGAAACAUUGAUGCCAUGUUAGCUUUUCACUAUGGUAUUUAAUGUGCUGCCAGUUUUAAGAGACUUUAUCUUAUUUCCUAUGUUUAUACUGCAUAUCCUUAACAUGAUAGUUUAAGUUUCCACAAAUCUGCUCAAUAUCUUGGUAACCAUCAGAAGCCCAAUGUGUCUUAGACUUGUCUGAAAAUUAUUUUCUUUGGGAAAUAUAGUCAGUAAGGAUCAAAAAUGAUAUAUUACUAUAUAUAUAUAUAUAAUUUAUUUUUUUGAGUGACCUUGACCUACUUUUAAAAAAUGUUCCACCUUUGACCCAAUGGGCUUUCUAAGGUAAUUUUUUUUACUUAUUGUUUAAUAGUAAUAAUACAACUAAACUCAUGAAAAGUUGUGUUUAUUCAAUACAAAUGAAAGGGUCUAAAACAAUUCCUUGCCUCAGUGUAACAGAGAUAGACACAUUUUUCACACAUAUUAUUUGUUUUUUUGGCUACAUAAUUUACAGCACUGAUAAUCAUCUUUUUUGAGGAGAAAGUGGUGGUACCCAUCUGUUCUUACAUCUCAUCUGUCUCUGGCAUUGGUUUUCUUGCAGACUUUUUUUUUCAUAGUAGGUACUUCAGGGAAAUUUUCAAUUGAUGGUCUGCACUGUUUUCUUGAAGCGUUUAACUGUAUAAAAAGAGUGGCUAAUUUCGAUUGAAAUGUCCUUUGGUUCAUCAGUUCCUUUUAGACGUUUCUAACAAGUCAGCAUAUUGAUGGUACAACAGCCAAGAAUUAACCAACAUCAUGCGAAUUGUUUGCUAGAAAAUAUACAAGUACCAUCGUUUUGAUCUCAUUUGAAAGGAAUGUUUUGAAAUAAAACAGUCAUGGAGAUCCACACCUCCCUAUUUUUCAUUGUACAACUUGAUCACUGCUGGUUGUUUUACAUGAAGGCAUGUAGACUUGCUUCCGUCAUAUCUUUUGACAAUAUUAUUUGGUUCAGUUCCAGAGUAUGUUGAGAGCAUAUUAACUGUCUUGGUGUCAUACCAUCUUACGGCAACCACAUUGGUAAUUUUUUCAACGCACUGGUCCAUUGAUCCACAACCUCUUUUUUUCAUUUCCUUCUCCUGCUCAAGCUUCACACCAAUGAUGCGAUUAGGUCUGACUAUACCAGUGUAAUGAAUUCCCUUGUCUUUCAAUUUUUCCAAAAGAGGCAUAGAAGUGAAAAAGUUGUCAGCAAAUAUUUUGUAGUUUAACGGUGCCUCUCCUGCAACAUUUUGUGGUAAAGAUGCAUAAAGCUUCAAAACAACUUCUACACCGACACCUAAACUAAUUUUUUAAUUCCUAUUUUCUUCCUUGAUAGACAUCAAAGUCACACAGAAUGUUUAACUCAUUCGAGCCCGAACUUUGAUUCCCCAAGGAUGGGGUUUUCCUUUUACAUAUUGAUUUAGUUUGCUAAAUUUUCCUUUGAAAGGUAUCAUCAUUUCAUCAAUGCCGUUGCAUCCCAAGGGAAUACUUUUCAAACAAUUGUUUCUAAAUUCCUCUAACCAGGGUCUUAUUAUCCAAAGCUUAUCCUGUUUUUGGUUAUUUGUAACCAUGUUGAUGUCAACAAAGUGUAAUGAGGAAAGAAUUGUCUGAAAUCUAUUCCUACUCAUGACGUCUGCAACAGAGGCAUAGCGAGAGUCAGUCUCCCAGUAGCAUCUUACGCUAGGCAUUUUGGCUAGGCCCAUUUUGAAAAACAUACCAAUUACCUGUUCCAAUUCUUUGUUUGAGGUGUUAAUUGGUUUUCCUGAUUUCUGCACACUGUAUUGAUUAGUAUUGGCAACCAGAAGAUCAUUAAAAUAAAAUAGGAUCUUUUUUGUAUAAUAGAACUAGCUUUACAGAGUGGGUCACCUGGUGACCCAAUGGGCUUUUAAACACCUGUAGCUCUGCAAUACCAUAUAGCCUUUUUGUGUUUUAAUUGGUCAGAGUAACAGGAAGACUUCUACACAUGUUUAAGUGUCUGUUUAGAUAACAAUUAGCUGAGAUUUUCAUGCCUGCUCUCUACCUUGCUCUUAACAUUUCUGAUAAUAAUCUCCCUUUCCAUUAGUAUCAUAGCACCACCAAUUUAAUAGUUUCUUCAUUUGAUCCAUGCACGUAUACUCAAAAUCUUAUUUGCACUACUGAUGCUUAUCAUCAUCAUCAUCAAACUCCAUUAGAGUGAGGGGUUGAGAGGCUCAAAUCCUCUCUUGCAAAAACCCUGGACAGAAACCCUGCUGUCUUGCGUAGUGCAUAAAUGUCGCCAUACAGGUCGAGAAUUUUGGGUUUCCCAGACCUGUCGAGACGGAGAUCAGCAAGUCUGGGGCAGUCAAACAGAAUAUGAGGCACGGUUUCCUCUUCUUCCCCGCAGCGGGGGCACCGUGAAUCAAAAUUUGGCAAUAGCCACAAGAAAUAUGAGCCAACAGGACAAUGACCUGUCCUGCACUGUGCUAUAAUAGCUUGCUCAGCCCUGGACAGCCUCCACCACUCAUGCGCUCCCAGACUCCACAGGCUUUUUGGGACUUGUCCCAGCACUCAAACCACUUUUCCAUUUCUGUUUUUUGGAUUAUAGCCAGGGCUUGAUGAAAGCUUACAGCCUGUUUAGUGGGUGAAAUUUGCCCUCCCUGGUGGGCCAAAGAGUCUGCAAUGGUGUUGCCAGUCACACCUAUGUGACUCGGUACCCACUGCAUUAUUACAGGGAUGCCAUAGGGUUGUUUAAUGUACCGAUGCCUUAUAGAUUUGUGAGCUGUCUGGUUUAGUUUUCUUUAGUGGAAGUUUAGUGUGCAGCAUGUGAAAGUCACAUAGUCAUCUGAAUUGUUUCCUAAGAAAUGUUUCCUGUUUCCUUUUCAAUGUACUUUUCAAAGAAUGUACACAUCAAACUUGAAGAACUUUUUCCUUUCUGUCUAAAAUUAACAAUUUCAAAAGACAACUUACUUUUAUAGUGUCAAACUAUUAAGUAAUACAUGUAUUUAUAUAUCCAUGGUAGCAGCCUAAACUGCAUAUGUCUUUGGCUGUUUCUCCUUUACCUUUUCCAAAAGAUCUGCUAGAGGAUGUUGGACUGCUCCACCAUUGUUGAGGGAUAACUUGUAAUAGCUUGAGAAAAGCCAGUGUCUUUCAUGAACUGUAGAUGCAAAGUAUAAAAUAAAUUCUCUUUGGUUCAUUGGAAUAGUUUAUUUUAAUUUAAAUUUGUGAAAACAUCACUACUGUUUUAAUAUCUUUAACUUCCAGAAAACACAACAAAAUAUUAACCUUAUUGAUUGUCACAUAAAUCGUACUGGUAGCAAAAAUUAGGACCAUUGUUUGAAACAACUAAGUAAAUGAUAUACUCAUGAGCCAGUAACCAAUUUAGUUAUUUGAAAACUAAAAUAUAAAUAAAUUCUUGCAAUAAGCGCUGGGCCUACAUUUUUUUUUUAUUAACCUCAAAGUAAAUGCCAUGUCAAACUUAUUCUCAUGUCAUUUUCUAGAUCUCUUUUAGUAAAGGCUAUCAUGCUUAGUUUAAAUAAUGAUCACUAUAUAAACUGUUAAUCAUUUUAUUUUUUGGUGUCUUUACUAUUAAAUGAUAUGUCUUAUAAUGUUAAGGAAUUUUUAUAUUGCUCAUAAAGUAAAUGUUUCAAGUAUAUUUUAAAUGUUAUGUCAAGAAUGAAAACUGAAUGAAAUGGGACUAUUGGGAAUCUUGUAAUGGCUUAUUGUGUUCCAUGUUAUAACCUUUUCAUUAUAACCGAUGCUUCUAAAAUACUAAACCAUUGUUUUCACCUAAACACCAAUAUCUGUUCCAUUCAAAAUUUGGCCCUUGAAGGGUCAUAGACAUUUUUUUUUAAUACAAUAAGAGAAAAAUUGUAAAUUGAUUGUCUAUGCCUUUGCAUUUAACUGUGCAUUUCAUUUCUAAAUGUAACAUCUUUCCCAUUGAUAGUUUUUCCUUCUAUGUAGUUAGAAAUAUUCCAUUUCUGUAUGAAGUCAUUUUCCUUUCUAAUUUUCUUUCAUUGUUUAUGUAUAUAUUAUAGAUAGGAAUUGAACCCAUCUCCGUGUUUAAGUAGUUGAAGUAUCUGUUGGUCACACAUUCGUCAUGGUAGCAGCCUAAACUGCAUUUGUCCUUGGCUGUUUAACCUGCCUUCUCCAAUAAUAUUGCAGAGGUUGUUGGACUGCUCCAUGGUUUGGGUAGAUUUAAUGUUCAAGUUAGGUUUGGUUAGGUAAGGAGUAUUGUUUGUAUUCAAUUCAUUCCAGUCAGAACUAAAGUUCAACUUCAGAUUGAUUUUAUGAAAUAAAUAUAGCAAAACUGAGUAAUAAGGUUCAAUGUAUUAGUUGAAUCAUUCAAGGGGGUCGAUGGGUCAUGAAAUAGUCGAUUUGGGACAAAAAUAUCUUUUUUUGUUAAAUUGCAUAUUUUGAUAGAAAAAUGUGUGUAGAAUCCCUUGGUAUGCUUCAAAUGAUUAAAUUUAAACUAUGACAUAAAUAACAAUAAAACACAAAUAGUAAUUCACAGCUAUCUUAAAGUCUACUAGUAAAUCAUGAUUCAGGGUCAACUGGACUGUUGAUCCCAAUGACUGCAUUCAACAAAACUGUUUCUAUGUGCACCCAGUGUUUUGAUAUCACCUGGUGAACUUGUUUUCAUAUUACGCAUCUCUGAAUAAACUCAUUCCUGAUCUUCUACAUUCACAAAAGACAAAUAUUUGUAUCAAGGCACAAUACGUGUUGAAAGUUGAUAUUAAGGAUGAAUAAUAUAUUUUUCAUCCAAGCUAGACAGAAAAGCUGCUUUUAAAUUACCCAUACUGUCACUGUCUAAACUAUUUAUCUUACAGAUUGACUGAAGAUGAAAUAGCAUCGCCAUACAUUAGAAGAAAAAUUUAACAACCCAAACAAUUUUUGUUAACAUUGUUUCGUUGCUUAAGUGACCAUUCUAAUUCUAACCAGUAAGAAACAUCCUGUGUUAAGAGUGUGUUCUGCUAGUCUUGAUUUUUUUUUCAUUCUACUUAAAGUAUCCCCACCACUUGUAAAAUCUUGAUCAUAAUGUGAACUAAAUCAGCACCAAGGAAAUUUAGAGCCUUUAUGACUGCAAAGUUCAGAUUAUGUCCUGCACAGCUAAUUCUAACAUGGUUGCUAUAAGCUGACUUCAUAUUACUUUCAUUCUCAGUAACAAACAAGAAAUUGUUACCCUUUAUAGUCUCAGGAGGAAGAUUAUUUUUUUUAAGAAUUUCAGUUUCAUUUGUUCUUAUGGCUAUGCCAGUCUUACACUCUAUAUUUAAACUCAAAGAAUCCAAUACACUUGCUUAUAAGACAAUUUUUUUUUUUUAUGUAAUGUACUGUAAAAGCCAGUAAAGAGUGUUUUAGAUUAUCAUUGGUCUAAUGGUCAGUUGUUAUUGCAACACUAGCAACCAUAGCAAGUUCAUCUUUCAGAUUUAGAAUACAUAUUAGUUAUAAAAUUUUGACAGGAGUGACUUAGUGUUGUUUGAUUACACUUGAAAUCCUCUAGUGGCAAUGAUCCAUACUUUGAUCCAAUGUCAAUCAUUGCUUAAGGAAAGUGAUGAAACCAACAUGCACACAUGAGGCAGGUACUAAACUAAACCAGCUGCUCUGUUACCAAUUUCUCCAAAUGCUUCUCCUUUACAAGCUAAUUUACUUUUAUUUUUUAUAUUGCAAAAUCUCAAUUCCUUUAGGCUAGGAUCAUCUGGUUCAGUUCAUACUGAGUUUGGUUUGGUCUUGAAGUUCUAGUUCUUUUUGUUUGGUUAGGGCUUGGUUCAUUUCCCCAUCUCUAGAAUAUAUCUGCUUACAGAUAGACAAGACUUGUUCUACUAUAGCACCACCCUGUAGCACUUUGAACAAAUUGUUACUGUUUGCAUUAAAAGGGCUUAUUUUACCUUUACUAAAUUUUAAAUGUUCUCUUCAUAACAUAUAAACAUUAAGUUGAUGCCAUGUUUCCUUUUCUUCAAUUAACAUUUGGUUUUCAAUUUCUCUCAUGUUCAUCUAUAAUAUGUACAGAAUAAUUCUAAAAAUUGCAAUUCAUGGAUAGAAAGCAGAAAGAAAGCCAUGGAGAUGAGAUGCUUUAGGAAUCUAAUACUUCUACUAGACAUCAACUUAAAAUAGUCCCCUGUUAAUGGCUGCUAUGUAUGCAAUUCUUUUGGGGCUUUGGGUAGGAAAGAAUUAGGCUGAGAAGACCUUAUCAAGCUUUAAAUGUACAGUCCAAGUGUUAAUAAAAGGGAAUGUUUCCCUAUUGUCUAAAAGCAUAAAGCUUUUAAGAUGCUAAGGGUAAAAGCAGUUAACUUUUUUUUUUUACUCCUCUCAUGUGGGAAUUAGGAAAUGGUGAGUCUGAAAGUGGAACUCAACAAAACCUGUUUAACUUAAUCACAACUUCUGAUGCAGAACUGCUGGGAUAUGCAAAAUUUCAUUUUUUUUUUUAAAUUCAUGUCUGUGCUCGUAUCUAUGACCAUGAAGACAUCUCUUAGCUUAAAAAAAACAAAGCUCAGACCUAUGACUUUUAGUGUUACUUCUUCAAUGUCUUCCUGCAUUUACCUUUAGCUCAGCAUAUCACAAGGAAUUAUUUGAACUCUCUGAACCUGAAACUAUUAUUCAAAGUUGUGGGCUCAAAAAGCACUGGUUCUAAUAGUUUCUAGGUGAUAUUGGAUUAGCUUUAAGAAAGCAAGGCUGUAGUUUAGUGUCAAUUGCUAACAUUCUCUUUCACACACACACAUUCUUUGAUUGCAAACAUUUGUAUCACAUGUAUUAUAUAUAGUAUCAGCCAGUUCCAAGUUGUUUUAAAUUAUCUCAUUUGUGUCAUAAAGGAAAAAAAGAAGCUUCAAACACUUUGUGGCGAUUGUUUGUGUGUUGUGGGGGUGGACACAACUGGUUUUGAAAAUUUGAAGUAGCAUUAGAUUUCUUGUUGUACACUUGUGUUUGCUUGACAGUCUUUCAUUUUGAAAAGGGAUCUUUUGAUGCAUAGGCAUUGUUGAAUGUUUGUCAAUGUAUUUCUUCUUGUUGAAAUAAGAGUCUAGUCUUUUUUUUUUCCUCUCACUUUCUUGCUAGUAUAAAGCAGCAAUUCAAGAAGCCAUUCUUUUGUCCACUGAAUUUUUUUUUGGCUGCCAAGUGGAUUUAAAAAUAUGAACUAGAGUUCUCUCUUUGCAAAAAAUGUACAUGCAUAUUUGAUGUUAGAAAUAAAAACAUUCUUCUGUAUAUCUCAUUUAAAAUGCUUGACUUCAUGUUUUGUUGAAGUAUUAUUUGUAUUUGUUAAUCUACAGUUGAAAUGUCUCAAUAUUUCUAGUAAGUAAUAUUGAAUUGUUAUGUAUAAAGCACAAUUGUAUAAUUUCUGAUGGAAUAAUGAAGAUCAUCAUUAAAUUCACUGGAUCUUAUAAUGUUUUAAUUAAUUAACAUUUAUCAAAAUGAACACUUGGUUUUUAAAGUAUCACAAAUUUUAUUAAUAUCAAUAAUUCUAAGAUUUUCAGUCUUUUAAUUAAUACAUCUACAUUUCUGUUACAUGAAGUUUCAAUUUUCUGUAAAGUGUUAGCACUUCUCUUACUACUAAACUAGUCAUGCUCAAUACUAAAUACUCUAGUUAUGGUCAGAAAAGUAUUGUUUAAAAAUGUAUUUUUUAUUCCUAGGAAAAACUUUAUAACAGUAUUUCUUUUUUUAUUUUUGCAUUGUUGAUUAUCUGAAUGCAUUUGUAAAUAUAAAAAAUAUUUUUGUUGUGUUGAUUGAAAAGUUUAAUAAUUUAAUAUUUCUAUUUUCAUGUGUGUUAAAAAUAAAGACUGACUCUAUGAAACAUUUUUACUUGCAUUUUCUUACUAUAAAUAUACUCAAUAUAUUUUGUUGUAUAUAUAAAUAAAUAUAUAUAUAUAUAUAUCUUGUAGGUCAAACUUCUGUUAAGUAAGCAAUUUGACUAUCAUUUGCUAAAUAUAUUUAUUUAAAAAAGAAAAAAAGUUAAAUUUGAAACUGUAGUCAUGGCUUUUAUUUCAGAGUAUGUAUAGAAAUGACAAAGAAGUGAUAAAUAAAAUACAAUGUGAUAAAAGAAUAUACAAAUCACACUUAUAUGUAGAGUUAAAUAAAAGAUUUAAACUUCAGAUCUUUAACACUAGAAUUGCAUUUCUAAAUUUUGGCCUACACACCUCUAGGGGUAUCAGAAUUUUUAUAAUUAGUUUUGGAAGAAAUAGAUUUUGUGUACAUAACCAUAUGAGAAAUAGUCAUCUUGGUUAAUGAAGUCCUUAGCUAAAUACUACAAAUACAUUUUUUCUAUAACUUUUCCUUCAUGAAUUUUAGUAAUCUUAUGUGAUAAGUUCUUUAUUAUUGUUUUUUUUUUCUGAAAACAAUACACUUGUUACUAAGAAUUCAAAGGAUGCUACACAGCCACAUUGAUUCCUCAGUCAAUUAACUCUCUAGUUUUCUAAAUGCCCAAGACACAGAUCUAGAGCAUGUAUAAAUGGGCAGGUAGCAUUACAAUACGUAUAAUAGUUUUAAUUGAUCAGUAAAAAUACUAUGAUAAUUUAAUUUUUAUUUUGGCACUCUUAAUAUUUGUAAGCAAUGAAAAACACACACAUCAGAAGUGGAUGAAAUAUAAUGAAGACCACAGGGUAGAUGUAUAAGUCAGUAUUUAACCAGCAACUCACCCAAUAACAUUUAGUCAGCUGUUAAUAAAAGUUCAUUGUAAGCAAAUUUUAAUAAGUGCAUUGCACUAAAAUAUAUUUCAGAUACAGUAAUUUAAAUAAUAUAGUUUAUUAAUGUUUUAAAGUUUUUUUAAUUCUGUGAUCUUCAAAAUAGGCAGAUUUCAUAAUAAAGUUGAGUUGCUAAUGUCUGGAAUGGAUUUGUUAAAAAUGUGAAUACAUAAAAAUUGUUACAAAACAUGCAAUGGAAGACAGUAGAGGUUUGGUAUUCAAACCAGAAAUACAUUAAGUGUGUAGUAACAAUAUCCCAGUUCACAAGUAUUUAAGCACUUUGAUUCAAAGGUCAAGGAAAUGUCUGAA